AUGAUCCCGGUCCUGAUCAGCGCCUUGUACAUGAGACCUUUGAGAUGGAUUUUCGUGUCUCUGGUGGUGUUUUCCACGAUAACCGUGUGGUACAUAACCUCCUCCCCCAGGGCUGCCCUGGAGACUGUGAACCCUCUGUACUUCUACGAGUACGAGCCUGUGCACCGGCAGCCGCGCCCGUUCACGCUGCGCGCGCGCCCCACCUGCACCGACCUCCGCCCCUUCCUGGUCAUCCUGGUGGCUUCCAGCCCCGGGGACCUGAAAGCCAGGCAGGCCAUCAGGAUCACGUGGGGCUCCCGGGAGUCCUGGUGGGGCCAGCGCAUCCUGACGCUGUUCCUGCUGGGGCAGGACACGCAGAGGGAGGACAGGGCGGCGGCGCUGGCGGUGGAGGACGAGAGCAUCCUCUACGGGGACAUCAUCCGCCAGGACUUCGUGGACACGUAUGACAACCUCACCCUGAAGACCAUCAUGGCCUUCCAGUGGUUCUCUGAGUUCUGUUCCAGCGCCAGGUUCUUCAUGAAGACCGACGCCGAUGUCUUCAUCAACACUCCCAACCUGGUGCAGCUCCUGCUGCAGCUGAACUCCUCGGAGAACGUUUUCACCGGGUACCCCCUCAUCGAUAACUUCGCCUACCGAGGCGCUGACAGGAAAAGGUUCAUCUCCUACCAGGAAUAUCCCUUCAGGCUCUAUCCUCCCUACUGCAGCGGCCUGGGAUACAUCCUGGAUGGAAAACUGGCCCUGAGGACUUACGAGCUGAUGAGCCACGUCAGACCUCUGAAAUUUGAGGAUGUUUAUGUGGGGAUUUGCUUAAAUAUACUCAAAGUCAACAUCACUCUUCCACAAGAUGCAGAACAAUUCUUUCUCUAUAAAAUCGACUUUGAUAUCUGCAAGUACAGGCGUUUGAUUGCAGUUCAUGGCCUUACAUCAAGUGAACUGAUCCAGUUUUGGCAGGAUUUGUCAGCCAACACUUCAAAACCUUGCCUUUGAUUGUGGAUUUCUUUAGAAUCUUCCAUUGGCUGUGAGAGUGGCCUCUAGAAUGACUCUGACUGCUGGGGCAGUGUUUCUCUAGGGCAUUCCAGUGCUUUUCAACAAAACCAGGGAUUCACAAAGCACUUUUCCAGGUGUGUAUCCCACAGCCAGAGGGUGCCUUGGAAUGCUCUGUCCCAUCUGCCUCUGCUGCCUUUCCUUGUCCUCGGAGCAGCCCUGGGAUUUCCCACUGAAUCUUCUGGAAUGUACAAAAUGCUAUCGAGGAAAGAUGUUCCUGCCAAGAAAGCAGCUUGGAGGAUGCUUCCUGAAUUCCUGCCUGGAUUGGUUUUAUUGCUUUAUUGCCACUCUCCUUUAUUUGUUCUCUGCCUAGCCCAAACCAACCCCACCUUGUUUGCUGUGUAAACCUCCUGAGACUGCCACACCUUGUUAUUUAAAUUUCUCAUCUCCACGAGGUUUCCAGGAGUGUUCCCAGCCUGGGGAUCCUGUGGGAUCUGCAGGAGCUGGUGAGAAAUGCUGGAGAUGUGAUGCACUUUGUGUGUGCAUAUUAAAUGGAGAGGCUUUGGUGUCCCUGCUGGUGCUCCCAGACCAGGGGGAUGGAGUGGAGCUCACGAUCAACAUGGACAUCCCAAAAACACUGGGAUCAUCAAUCCCCCCACCCCUGUGUGUGUGUGUGUGUGUGCUGCAUCCCAGGACUUUUGGAACCCUGUGGAGAAGAUGAAAAACCAUUUUUGUUGUGCCUGUUUCUUCAUGAAUUUUUUUUAUGCCUAGAUGAAUCAUUUGGUUCCAGUUUGAAAACGCAAAAAAGAAGAAAUCCACCCGUUGCUACUUUAGAGAAAACCAACUCCUCCCUGUGUGUAAAGACCAUUUUUUAAUCACUUUAUUCAUAUCAGCAAGGCCCAGUUCUCAGUAGUUUACACUUCUAAUGGACAACGAUACAGAAUUUGCAGUUGCAUGAACAGAAUUGACCUGGACACAUCCACUACACGGGGGAGGGACUGCGGAGACGCCCUGGCCACGCUGCCAGGGCUUCCCCUCGGGCUGGCAGCACCCACAGCCCUGGCAGCACCCACA